AUGUACAUCUUGGAUAAUGUAAAUUCGCGAGUCGUCAAAUGGAUAGAUGGGCAACCUUUAGGGUUUACUGUUGCAGGCGGUCACGGAAAUGGUACAACAUUGGAUAAGAUAGGAACUAGCUGUUCCAUCUAUCUUGAUGAUCAAUCAAACAUCUAUAUUUCCGAAUACUCAAAUCACAGAGUUACUAAAUGGCUGAAUGGUAACACGACAGCUGGUACCAUAGUGGCUGGGAAUAACACUGCCGGAAGUACAUUGUAUCAACUUAGGAAUCCAUGGGGAGUGUUUGUCGAUUCAAUGUACGGUGUAUAUGUUGUUGAUCGAGGCAACCACCGGCUACAAUAUUGGGAGCUAAAUGCUGUUGUUGGUGUAACUGUUGCAGGCCAGUCGGGCGUAGCAGGGGCAUUUUCUAAUCAAUUUAAUUUACCUACAGCAAUCACAUUUGAUCAAUUUGGAAAUCUUUACGUAUUAGACUCGGGUAACGAUCGAAUUCAACAAUGGGUUCCUGGUUCAACAUUUGGUGUAACAGUCGCAUCAGUUGCUAUGGGUAUUCCAAAAGGAAUGGCUUUCGAUCCAUCUGGAAAUUUGGUAGUUGCAGAUACUGGAAACCAUCGAGUUAUUUUAUUUUCAGUUAUUUGUCGUAAGUUGGAUUAUUUAAUGACUUUUAUCACAUGAUUUAAAACAAGAAAAAUAUUCAGUUUCAGAAUGUUAGGAAGUCAGACGAUUCCUUCUAAUUCUAUUCUGGUGGGAGAAAUUAUUUUCUAUGCUGAUUAUUAUAUUUCGUGAGAGAUGUAACAUGUGCUAUGAAGUGUAUCAGUCGAAUAAGUGUUGUUGUUUUCGAAAUGUAAGGGCGGUUAAAAUAGAAGGUUAAAUCGUGAGAAUUUAGCACUUGUUAGACAGUUGGGCACUAUUUCGUCAUCCAUUUUGUAUUGAUCAUAAAAGAGGUGUAUUGCUAGAGAUCAACACAAAACAUGUAUCAGUGUAGUAUCCCUGAAUAUGCCAAAAAAAAACGGAUGUAUAAUAUUGCACUGAAAUCCAUUUAUAUAAUGAAAAAAGUUAUGCUUAAAAUAAGUGCAGUAGUUAACUUAAUACAGUUUUGAGUUACAGCUUAUAAGGUGAACAGAACAUUAUUUGAUAAAAUCGUGCAGAUUUAAAAUUCUAUAUCGCUAGAAAUACUUUUCAUAGAGCAAACUAUUCACAAAUGAGGUAAUUAUAACAGAAUAUGAGACAAUCAAAGUUGAUGAGACUUCGGAUUAUGAAACGCAGGACGCUGCCAAAGCACAGAUUUUAGUUUGAUGAAUCGAUUUCAUCAGCACUUGCUACGUUGCAAUUUAUGAUAAUGAGAGGCACUUGAAAGUGAGCUGAUCAGCUCGGAUUAGAGGCGUACAGAUUAUGCUCAUUUCGCGCUCAUGAAUUACAGAGGUUCUCCUAUAUCAGGAACAUGAGGCAAGUUAGAGCUAUUUUCAAGUUUCAUUAGGAGGCAACAGUAAAAGCUUUAUCAAGUAAUCGUAACGGAUCACGGAUAUUUUGGCAGUUUCUCAAACGAAACAUAAUUUCAAUAAAAUGGCUCUUAUUUCAUAAAGUUUGACACUAGCCUUUUUGGGGUAGCUGUUUCACAAAGAUUUAAGUCUAAAAGACUCCAUUGCACAAGGAUCAUUUAAUUUUACGUUCUUCUUUAGCCCAAUGCGGAUGAAUUGAGAUGUUUUUCAUGCCGCAUAAUAGAAAGAUCUAUUCAUUCACUGAUAGAUCAAAUAAAACCAUGCACUUCUCUUGGAAUACCAGAGAAAACAGUUUCCUUGAAUCCAAUUGAUCGAUAGAAAAAAUUAUAAGCUACUCAGAAUUUGGCAGCGUUUUUUCUCUAUUCUGAGGACAAAAUAUCCGGUUAUUUCCGCUGAUCAGCGAAUCAGUCAUGGUCCUCUUCUAUAUUGUUUAGGACCACUUUAGUGCGUUUGUUUUGCAGUAAAAAGAAAUCAGAAAUUAAAUAACAUUCGGCUGAAGCAAACAAUGAAGCCUAGCUUUAAGUAAAUUAAACUCUAAAUAUAAAACAACAUAAAGGACCCUGGCGAAAAUGAUGACUAUGUCUGAAUUAAGAAACGAAAUAUAUCAUCUUGUAGAGCUUUUCAAGGCGCAUCUAAUGGUAUAUAGGUAAUCUAUUUUCCAACAAGUUUAUAAUAAGUUAGGUCGAGUUUACUGAUGAGGCGAUAUGACUCCAAAUAGUGAUAAAUAGCUGCUCAGUGUUGAUCAACAUUGUUCAUCGAUGGAGCUUUUUCA